AAGCCCGCGGUCGUCGUCCUCCCGGGCCUGGGCAACUGCACCGAGGACUACGACGAGUUCGCGAGCGAGCUGGAGCUUCGCGGCUUCUCCGCCACCGUCGCCGCCGUCGGCCGCCCCGACUGGCUCCGCAACGCCGCGGGUCUCACGCAGCUGGCGUACUGGCAGGGUACCCUCGAACCGCGGCCCACGGUGGACUGGUACCUCUCCCGCAUCGCCGACGCCGUCGCCGCGGCGAAGGAGAAGAGCGGAGCCGAUCGCGUGGCGCUCGUGGCGCACAGCGCGGGGGGUUGGAUGAGCCGCGUGUACAUGCAGGACUUCGGCGUCGACGACAUCAGGUGCGUCGUGACGCUCGGGUCGCCGCUCAAUGCGGUGCCCAAGGAUGUCCCCGGGGUCGUGGACCAGACCCGCGGCAUCCUCACCUACGUCGAGGCCAACUGCGCCAAGCCCACGGAGCUCGGCGUGCCGGUGACGUGCCUGGCGGGCAAGUGGCUCCUGGGCGUGGAGACGUUGGGGGGCGCCGGGGACGCCGCGGGGUUCCUCGUCGGGCAGGGGUAUAAGCAGGUGUGCGGGUCCGCGGCGGCGUGGGGGGACGGGAUCACGCCGGUGGCGACGGCGCACCUGGACGGCGCGGACAACGUCACGCUCGAGGGGGUAUUCCACACGCCGAUAGGGUCGUCAGACGAGCGGCCGUGGUACGGCACCCCAAAGGUGCUCGACCAGUGGGUGGACAAGCUG